CCGGUUACUGGAAAGGAAUCGUCAGCAUUGGUAACAGCUGAGCAGCAGCCGAUCAGGAUGAGGACAAUGCUGAUGUUUAUGCUCUUAGUAACUUUGGGGGCAGUAGUUUGUGACGAUCACGCUUCGAACGCUGUCACCUACACCUUAAAGACUUUUUCAACUGAAGUUGCCAAAAUUCCACAUUUUGUUAUGUUUUAUGCACCAUGGUGUGGCCAUUGUAAAAGGCUUGCUCCUGUCUGGGAUGAACUGGCUCAUUUUUUCAACAAAGAGUUUGGGAUGUCCAAACUUGUCAUUGCUAAGGUGGAUUGUACCCUGGAGACAGCUCUGUGUGCAGAACAUGACGUUACUGGAUACCCAACUCUAAACUAUUAUAGAAAAGGAGACUCUGAAUCUGUGCGAUACCGUGGCAACCGAGGUCUGAAAGAUUUCCAGGAUUUUAUAGAAGAGCAGUUUAUCUUGGAGGAAGAAGGCGCUGAGGCGAAGGUUGAGCAGAUGCCGAUGGAACCUGAAAAGGCUCUUGGUCCUUUAGUGGAACUUACCGACGAAACCUUCGAACAGGAAAUUGCGACCAGUAACACCUUUGUUAAAUUCUAUGCUCCUUGGUGUGGCCAUUGCAAAUCCCUUGCACCAACCUGGGAAUCGCUCGCUCAGGAAUUUGAGCAUGAGACUUCUGUUACAAUAGCAAAGAUUGACUGCACAUUGUACAAGACAGCAUGUAGUAAACAGAACAUCCGAGGAUAUCCCACCUUAGUAUUCUUCAAGAAUGGCGAGAAAGAACAGGAGUACUCCAACAGGGACCUAUACAGCCUAAAGAACUUUGUAAUCAGCAUGAUUGAGAAAGAAAAUAAAAAUGGCGAUGAAACGGAAGGCAAGGUACCAGAGGAUAUUCCUAAAGACCAGGAGGAGGAAAUUGUGCCAACAGUUUUCCCUCUUGACCAGGACACAUUCCCAGAGGUGGUCGCUGAUGGAGUCACUUUCGUUAAGUUUUAUGCCCCUUGGUGUGGACACUGUAAAAGGUUAGCUCCUGUCUGGGAUCAGCUCUCUACCAAAUUCAUUGGAAGCAGUUUCAUCAGGCUUGGCAAAGUGGAUUGUACUACUGAAAAACUUCUUUGUACACUACACAAGGUUCGUGCCUACCCGACAUUACUCUUGUUCCGUGACGGCGAGAUGGUCGCAGAAUACAGCGGCGCUCGCGAUAUUGGAUCUAUGGAGGAAUUUGUGCGAAAAAAUAUCCAAGCUCAUGAAGAACUGUAAAGAGUUUGAUUACCUGCUUAGAAAACAUUUAAAAAAAGUGUACAAGAGUGCUGGAGUGCUUAAAAG